AUGGUCAGCACACGUUCAACAGUUCAGCAAUUGUUUCCGUUUGAUCCAGAACCUGAGCAAUCUUUAAGGAGGAGACACAGGGAGCAAAAUUUGCUGCGGGUUCCUUCACUGCAAGGGACUUUUCUGCAGUCUUUAUAUUCUGAGGACCUGCACAGUACAAAAACAAUGGCUUUUGUUAUUCCAGAGGCUGGUGACCCUUUGGGUAAUUCUUUAACAGCUCAUGCCACUAACAUACCAGGUUGCAUUACAUAUCCAGCAGUGGAAGAAGGGUCUACAUUCGAAAUCAAGCAUCACAUGUUGAGUAUUCUACCUACAUUUCAUGGGUUAUCAACCGAUGAUCCUAACAUGCACAUUGCAGAAUUUUUAAUGGGAUGCAAGAAUAUUUUGGUGAAAGGAUUCUCAGCUGAAUCUAUUAAGCUUCGUCUAUUUCCUUACACAUUGAAAGAUCAAGCAAGGAGAUGGCUCCUCACACUUCCAUCUGGAAGCAUUAGCACUUGGAACCAACUCAGUGAAAAAUUCUUAAACAAAUAUUAUCCAGCUUCAAAGACUCUCGACAUGAGAACUCAAAUUUUAUCUUUUGCCCAAAAACCAAAUGAAGAGUUUCAUGAGGCGUGGGAACGGUUUAAAGAGUUGAAUAGAAAAUGUCCACAUUCUAGUAUUAGCAGUACGGAUCAAGUGCAUAUAUUUUUCAGAGGGUUAAAUAUGACAACCAAAACUCUUGUCAACGCUUCAUGCGGAGGAUCAUACAAGGAUAAAAAUGCACAAGAGGCUUGUUUAUUAUUUGAAAAAAUGGCAGCAGAUACACAGCAAUGGGCAGUUGAGCAGCCACAAUCAAGGUCUGUUUUUGAGAUAUCCAAUGGUUCUCCAUAUAUGUCGGCACAAAUUGAAAAAAUGGAGAAAAAGCUUGAAAGAUUUGAUGCAAAAUUUGACAUGUUAUUACAAAGAAUUCCGGGUUCACAGGUUGCUGUACAGCAACCUUUACCAGCUGCCUGUAGCAUUUGCAAUGUGACAACCCAUGAUUUUUUGAGCUGUCCGCAUAAAGAUGCUUAUCCGGAAUUUGCAGCGGAACAAGUUAAUGCAUUUAAUAACUUUCAGCGUCCACGAUAUGACCCGUAUUCAAAUGUUUACAACCCGGGUUGGAGAGAUCAUCCUAAUUUUAAGUGGGACAGAGAUCAACCUGCAAGGCCACAAUUUCAACAACAGGUACAGCAAACUGCUGCGCCUAAGGCUGCUUGGGAGGUUGCAAUUGAAAAAUUAGCAAAUGCCACCAGUCAAGAAUUCCAAAAUCUGCAGGCAACAGUGAAAAACAUAGAAAAACAAAUGGGGCAGAUUGCAUUCCAAGUUUCAGAAAGAGCACCAGGUACAUUUCCUAGCCAAACGGAAAAUAAUCCAAGGGGAGGCGCAGAUUGUAAGGCAGUUCGAGUUCUACGUUCGGGUAAAAGUUAUGACAAUAGAGGUGAAAUUUGUGUUGGAAAUUCGCAGGCAGCAUCACAGCCACAAACAGAUUCAGGAAAUUUUGCAGAAUCUGAUAUUGUUACAGAUUCUACAGAGUCUAUGGGCAGAUCUGAAAACAGUGCAAAAAUUGCUGCAGAAACUGCAGAACGUGUUUAUGUGCCUCCAAUGCCUUAUCCCGAAAGGUUGAAGCCCAAAGUUAAAGAUCAACAGUUGACAGAUUUUAUGAAGACGUUGGCCAAAGUUCAGAUCAAUCUCCCAUUGAUUGAUGCAAUUAAGAACAUUCCAUCUUAUGCCAAGUUUUUAAAGGAUGUUUGCACAAAGAAAAAGAAGCUCGUGGAUUUUGAAAAAGUUAUUCUUACAGAACAGUGCAGCGCAGUUUUAUUACACAAACUGCCUCCAAAGAAACAAGACCCAGGGAGUUUUACAAUUUCAUGCACAAUUGGAAAUUCUAAUUUUAAACGUGCUUUAAUUGAUUUGGGUGCCAGUAUUAAUUUAAUGCCUUUUUCUGUUUUUCAGAGACUAGGACAAGGAGAAAUCAAGCCUACAUCAGUUAUUCUACAACUGGCGGACCGUUCAGUUGCUUACCCUAGGGGAAUUAUUGAAGACCUCAUUAUUAAAGUGGAUAAUCUCUACCUUCCUGCAGAUUUUGUGGUCUUGGAUAUGGAUGAAGAUAUGCAAACACCGAUUAUUUUGGGGCGUCCAUUCAUGGCUACUGCUCGAACCUUAAUUGAUGUUGAGGCUGGAACACUUACACUUAGAGUGCAAGAUCAGUCCGUUGUUUUCAGUUUAUUCGAAAUAACCAAAAGGCCAACUGAUGUGCAAGAUUGUAUGCGUGUUGACAUGUUAGACAGCUUAAUGCAUGCUGAAAUUAUGCCCCGUUUGACAUCAGAUCCAUUGUUAAAGGUGUUGCAUGGGUUGGAGAAUAAAAACACUGAAGAUGAAGAGGUUUUUGAGUAUGUUUCAGCUUUGGAAAGUGUUCCUUUUCUACACCCCCGUUGGAGGCACGUUUUUGAGAGUUUAGGGGAACCGAAAAAACCAUUGCAGCCCUCUAAAGUACAGCCACCUAAACUGGACUUAAAAGUACUGCCAGGACACUUGAAAUACGCUUAUCUAGGUGCAAAUUCUUCGCUGCCAGUUAUUAUAGCUGCUGACUUAUCAUCAACAGAAGAAGAAAAAUUGCUGCGUAUUUUAAGAAAUUAUCAAGAUGCAAUCGGUUGGACUAUAGCAGACAUUAAAGGGAUCAGCCCUACAAUUUGCAUGCACCGAAUUCUGAUGGAAGAUGGAGUAAAGCCCACCAUUGAUGCUCAACGUCGUUUGAAUCCAAUUAUGAAAGAAGUUGUUCGUACUGAGGUUAUGAAGCUUCUAGAUGCUGGGAUGAUCUAUCCCAUUUCAGAUAGUAAGUGGGUUAGUGCAACUCAAGUGGUGCCCAAGCGUUCUGGAAUUACAGUUGUGAAGAAUGACAAUAAUGAACUUGUGCCUACACGUUUGACUACUGGGUGGCGUAUGUGUGUUGAUUACAGAAAGAUCAAUACGGGCACUAGAAAGGAUCAUUUUCCAUUGCCUUUCACUGAUCAAAUGUUGGAAAGGUUGGCUGGUCGUGCGUUCUAUUGUUUCUUGGAUGGAUAUUCAGGGUACAACCAGAUUCCAGUUGCACCUGAAGAUCAAGAGAAGACAACCUUUACAUGUCCUUUUGGGACUUUUGCAUAUCGAAGAAUGCCCUUUGGUUUGUGCAAUGCUCCUGCAACGUUUCAACGAUGCAUGAUGAGCAUAUUUUCCGGAUUGGUUGAACAGGUAGUUGAAGUGUUUAUGGAUGACUUUUCUGUUUUUGGGGAUUCUUUUGAUGAAUGUUUGAACAAUUUAUCCUUAGUUCUUGACAGAUGCAUUAAGACAAACCUUGUUUUAAAUUGGGAAAAGUGUCAUUUCAUGGUUAAGCAGGGGAUUGUCCUAGGCCACUUGAUUUCUAACAGGGGUAUUGAGGUUGAUAAGGCCAAAAUUGAUGUAAUUGCAAAGCUGCCACCACCGACAGCUGUUAAAAGUGUUCGAUCUUUUCUUGGUCAUGCUGGGUUUUACAGACGGUUUAUCAAGGAUUUCUCCAAGAUUAGCCGACCAUUGUGUAAUUUGUUGGCUAAGGAUGCUCCUUUUGUCUUUGAUGAUGCUUGUUUGGAGGCUUUCAACAAGUUAAAGACACUCCUCACUACAGCACCCAUUAUUGCAGCACCUAAUUGGAGUUUACCUUUCGAAUUGAUGUGUGAUGCUUCAGAUUACGCAGUAGGAGCGGUUCUUGGACAGCGGAAAGAUAAGCUUCCCCAAGUCAUUCAUUAUGCUAGUCGAACUCUCAAUGACGCACAGCUAAACUAUGCGACCACAGAGAAGGAGUUGUUGGCAGUUGUUUUUGCAUUAGAAAAAUUUCGGUCUUACUUAGUUGGGGCUAAGGUGAUUGUUUACACAGAUCAUGCAGCUUUGAAGUAUUUGUUGUCGAAGAAAGACGCUAAGCCUCGAUUAAUUCGUUGGAUUCUUUUACUGCAAGAGUUUGACUUAGAAAUCAGGGAUAAGAAGGGUAGUGAAAAUGUUGUGGCUGAUCAUUUGUCCAGGUUGAUUGUGCCAAUUUCUGCUGAAGAUGACUUGCUGCCUACUUCUACCACUUAUAAUGCAUUGCUUGGUAGGGACUGGAUUCACCAGAGUCUAUGUGUUCCUUCCACUCUCCAUCAGCAGUUAGCUCUGUGGAAUAAAGAGGGUUACAUGGAGAUAGUAGAGGUCGAUCCAUGGCCAUUUCUGCCUUCUGCCAUGUGUUUUAAGGCAAGGUAUUACCAUGAUGACCUUGGUCCUUUCACUUUCCUUGGAGUCAACUAG